AUGAAAGUCGUCUGCUGGAAGAAAUCACGUCUGGGAAUGGUGCAAGAUCGCAAGAAACAUGACCCAUUUAUGGGAGUUCCACAUCUGAAUAAUUCACCAAGGAAGUCCUUCCAAAAGAAACUUGAUCCUUCCUUGCCUGGGGUUUCUGUUGAAAAAAAGAAUGAAACAAAAAGCACCCCAUCUGAUUAUGACCUGAUGCGAGUGAUGAUGAAUAAAAUCACGGUUUUAGAGAAACAGAAUCUGACACAAGAAAAUGAACUUCGUCUAAAAGAGAGACAGAUUCAGGUGUUGGAAGAUAAACUACGAAUUGCUGAGAAAGCGAGAAAAGAUAAUGUUAACUCAGCAGACAUCAAAGAUUUGGAAACACAUUGCUUGCUGCUACAACAGCAGGUUCAUGAGAUGGAGACCUUCCUGGCUGAGUACGGAAUGGUUUGGGUAGGGGAGUCUUUGAAUGAACACUCUGAUGUCUACCUCGAAGAUGCAGAUCACAUCGCUGAAAGUGAUGAACAAAAUACAUUUACAGUCACCUCAAACAGAAGUGAAUCUUCAGACGGCUCAGUAGCAUCUUCAAAUCCAUUUGGUGUUUGGCAGCAGGAUGUAUCAUUACCCGUGGUGCAGUCAUCACCGAGUUUGGACUUUAACCAACUGGUUGAAAAUGUUAAAGAUCUCAAUGUCCUGGCUGGCGAAGGAGUCGCACAAAUUAAGAAAACUACUGAUGGAGCCAGGUUCGAGAUCCCUGAACCAGUGCAGUUAACAAUUUAUGCUAAUGGCAUCUUGAUGUUUGAUGGACCUUUCAGGCCUUAUAACGACCCAGCCACACGAAGGUGUGUCCAGGAUCUUUUGGAUGGUUAUUUCCCUUCAGAGCUUCAGGGCAGGUAUCCUGAUGGUGUCCCCUUUGCUUUAACUGACCUACGUGAAACCUACUUCCAGCCGACACUGACCCCUGUAGUGUUCGCAGGGGAAGGUCAAACACUGGGCGGAGAAGUUAAACCAUCACGUCUGAUUUCAACCAUCAUACGAGAUCUAACUGGAAAUAUCCAGUUUCCUUCCUAUGAAGUCACCACACAGACUGCAGCUUCUGAUGAUAGUGGCAGACAACUUAUGAUGACAUCUAAACAUCCUGGAAAGAUAAUGACUCAAACCCAGUUUCUGAAAAAAUUGCCGAAAACGAUCAUCAAAAAUGGAAAGGUCAUUGACAUCCGAGAUUCUGUGGGCAGAACCUUGGCAAGUAGUGAUGGUAGCACAGCUGACGCAUGCAAGCCAAAUAUAACACUUAUCAAUACAAGCGUAACCAAGGAGAUGUCCGAAAGUGUGGCUUCAUCAGGCUCUGCAACAGAAAGGCCAGGGUCAUACAAAGGUCAUGGAGAUGUCACCACCUUGAGGGUGGUAACAGGAAAUGGUGAUCACACUUACAUAGUAAAAAUGAAAUUUAAAGAAACUGUUGGUGAUUUGCGCACUUAUUUAGAUGCUCACCGAAGACCAGCUGUUCCGUACGAUAUUGUCUCAACUUUUCCACAUAAAAUUCAUAACAACAAUAUCUUAACUCUGGAAGAAAGUGGUCUUACACCAAAUGCUGUCCUGCAUUUGAAGCCACACAAGUAG